UCUCUGAGUCAUAAACACGUUUUGAAAUCAGGCAGGACAGAUAGCGCCAAACGGCCAGAAAUAGUGAAUCAGAGAGUUGUUUCAGACAUUUCAGCUGUGGUAAGCUAUUGUGAACACACGUACACGUACCACAGAGACAAUUGAAUCAUCAAAACAAAGUUAUUCAUCAGGAAGCCGAGUCGCACCUUACUGAGAAAGAAACACAAUGGAAACUACUUUUUACGAAGACGGCAUGGCUAACAACAGAAGUGCUGUAAAGGACUUGAAAAAGGCUAUGACCUUAGACUUUGGUGCCGGUAAAACAAAGGCACAAAAAUUCGGAGGCCUUCUGAACUCGCCAGAUCUCAAUUUGCUGAAGUUGGGUUCACCAGAGCUCGAGAGGAUGAUAAUCCAACAGAACGGUAUGGUUGUGACCACUCCUACACCGACCCAGUUUAUUUAUCCAAAAAACGUUACAGAAGAACAGGAGGCUUACGCCCGUGGCUUCGUCGACGCAUUGGCAGAACUCCACCAGCACCCCGAAGAGAGUUCCAGCAGUGGGACCGUGCCUUCCUCUGCUUCCCACACGUUGACAACACUCCAGCCUAUGCGUACGACAGCCCCUAGUGCCACAACAUGCACUUCUCUGCCUGGAACAACCGUCAUGGUGAGUGCUCCAGCCUCUUAUGCUCCACCUAUGCAGCAGUCACACCCAAACUAUGCUAUGCCACAGAAUAUGCAGCUUACACACCUGAAGGAAGAGCCCCAGACGGUCCCAUGCCUUGGCACCACCCCUCCACUGUCACCUAUAAACAUGGAGAGCCAAGAAAGAAUCAAGUUGGAGAGGAAGAGGGCAAGAAACCGUGUUGCUGCCAGAAAGUGCCGCACGCGUAAAUUAGAGAGAAUUUCGCGCCUUGAAGAAAGAGUAAACCAUUUAAAAUCUAUUAACACUGAACUCUCAAGUACAGCAGGCCAGCUCCGAGACCAAGUUGCGUACCUCAAGCAACAAAUAAUGGAACAUGUGAACAGUGGAUGUCAGGUCAUGAUUUCAACAAGCAUGAGCUAAUAAGCUGGAGGGCUUUAAAAUACUUUAUAUAUAUGUGACAUAUGCACAAACUUUGUCUGUUUGAAGAAAAAAAACUGUUGAAUGUGACUUGCAUUGUUCGAUGUGAAAAAGCUUGGAGAGCAUUUUUUUCUUAUAAAAUGGAUCUGUUGAUCAGAUUCUUUUUUAUAUGACAGCAUUUGUUUUAAAAAGAUGUUUUAAAUGUAUGCUAUCAGUGAUUAUAUAUGUUUAAAACGGUUGUUGUAAAUAAGAGUGAUAUUGAGUUUUUUUGCAUUGUAAAUAUGUUCAUUUUUAAGUAUGCAGCAUGUUGCAUAUCAUUUUGUACCUCAGUUUUGUAAAUAUUUGUACAGUUUCGGUGCUUAUAACUGAAAAAUUCAUGCUUAAAUCAUUGCCAUUUAUUAUUUAUUAAAUUUCAUACAAUGAAUACAAGAUCAAACUGA